AUGGCUGACGAAGAAGAGGAUGCGCCGUUCGAAGAAGACGCGGAAGAAGCUGGAGGUGGCUUGGACGGUGGACAAGGCAAGAGGAAGAGGCUCUUCUCCAAAGAAUUAAGAUGCAUGAUGUAUGGAUUCGGGGAUGACCAGAACCCUUACACAGAGUCAGUGGACAUUCUUGAGGACCUGGUAAUAGAGUUUAUCACAGAAAUGACACACAAGGCCAUGUCAAUUGGGCGGCAGGGUCGUGUACAGGUUGAGGACAUUGUCUUUCUGAUACGCAAGGACCCCCGGAAGUUUGCCAGAGUUAAAGACCUCCUAACUAUGAAUGAAGAACUAAAACGAGCCAGAAAGGCCUUUGAUGAAGCAAACUAUGGAUCCUGAUUCUGUGCACAAGCUGUACUGAGGUAUUACUUGGGCACUUGCUGCCCAAAAGGAAGGAGCAUCAUGCAUGUUGUUUGGAGGAACUCUUCAGGAUAGAGGUCAUUGCUGGGAUGUUUGCCCUCACUCCCAGCCUUUUCUGAGAAGUAUUCAAGCAGCUGGAUGUUACCUGAUUAUAUGUGGUAUACUUGGGCAUUUUUGUAUUGGUCUAGGAGUUGAGAAAAGAGCUCUACCGAUUCUUGUAAUGGCAGAAAGUCCAAAGUAAAACUGUGUUGAAUCAGAUAUCUAAAGGGCUAAUUAUGCAUGAUUCUGUACCACUGUUUCUUACUGCUGGGUAUUCUUGACAGGAAACCCAAAAAAUGGAUCUCAGUUAACAAGACAACUUGUCUUCAAGCCCAGUCUCCUAUAGGAAUUCUGCUCUUUGCUCUGUACAUGCUCUUUGAAUAAAAUAUUUUGUUUGUCCCCACUUCUCA